AUGCCAACCUACGCAGUACUCGGAGCAACAGGCAACACAGGUCAAUCCCUUCUCAAAGUCCUAACCCAGACACCCGCCAACAAAAUCCACGCCUACUGCCGCUCUGCAGCAAAACUCGGGAGGCUACAACCCGAUGCCAUCGCAAAUCCGAACGUGAAGGUCUUCGAAGGCGGCCUUAACGACACAAAAGUCAUCCGCGACUGCAUCAAAGACACUCAUGCCGUAUUUCUCGCUGUGGCGGUCAGCGGAAAUGUACCCGGCAACACUAUCGCGCAGGAUACCGCACGCGUAGUUAUUGCCGCUAUGAGAGAGCUUCGAGAUACAGAUACGACUAUCAAACUACCCAAGCUGAUUGUUUUGUCGUCGGCGGCGAUUGACUCAGUCUUCAGCAAAGACAUACCCAGACUAGCUCUCAACCUCCUCUUAUGCGCAGAGUCGAACAUCUACAACGAUCUCAUUGCCGCUGAACGCCUCCUCCGCAACGAACAAUCAUGGCUCUCAGUGACUUUCGUCAAGCCCGGUGCCUUGACCAUCGAUGUGCAGAAAGGACACAAGCUUACAAUGCAAGCCCCGAGAGGCGUGGUGUCGUUUAUGGAUCUAGCGGCUGCAAUGGUGGAAGUGGCUGAUGCUGGGGAUGAGUAUGAGUGGAAGGCGGUUUCUGUGAAUCCGGUUGCGAGCGAUGUGGCAUUUCCGUGGCAGAAUGUGCCGUCGCUGGUGAAGGGAUUGCUGUAUCAUUUCUUUCCUUGGGCUUAUGCUUGGCUGGGUUGA